AUGAGCCUCCUCAACAAGCCCAAGAGCGAGAUGACCCCGGAGGAGCUGCAGAUGCCUGAAGAGGAGGAGUUUAACACAGGUUCCCUCUCUGUGCUCACGCAGUGGACCAAGAACAACACCCAAGUGCUCAUCAACUGCUGCAACAACAAGAAGCUCCUGGGCCGUGUGAAGGCCUUUGACAGGCACUGCAGCAUGGUGCUGGAGAAUGUGAAGGAGAUGUGGACUGAGGUCCUCAAGAGCAGCAAGGGGAAGAAGAAGUCCAAGCUGGCCAACAAGGACCGCUACAUCUCCAAGAUGUUCCUGUGUGGGGACUCGGUCAUCGUGGUCCUGUGGAACCUGCUCAUUGCUGGCAACUAA